GCUGUCAGUCGUGGACUUCUUUUGAACGCUCUCGAUGGCGUUACAAAAUAUCUGUCAUCAGUCACGACUGCACGACAAUUGGUCUAAACUUGUAACUCACGCAGGGCUCCUGCUGCCAGCCAGUCUUUCCGGAUGUCCAAGUACAAAGUCUUUGUGAUGAGGCAUGGAGAAGGGGCCUGGACCAAAGAGAACCGCUUCUGCAGCUGGGUGGACCAGAGGCUGAGUGAGGAUGGGGUCAAGGAGGCUCUAGCGUGCGGUCACCUCCUAAGAGAGGCAGGCUACCACCUGGAUGUGGUCUUCACAUCCCUGCUCAGUCGCUCCAUCCACACAGCCUGGCUGCUGCUAGAGGCCAUGGGGCAGGAGUGGGUCCCAGUGGUGAAAUCGUGGCGGCUGAAUGAGCGCCACUAUGGUGCUCUGAUCGGGCUCAACCGCGCCGAGAUGGCCCUAAACCACGGCGAGGAGCAGGUGAAACAGUGGAGGAGGAGUUACGACCUCACGCCACCGCCUAUCGACAAAUCACACCCUUACUUUCUGGAGAUCUACAACGACCGGCGGUAUUCUACUUGCGAUGUUUCUAAAGAGGAUCUCCCUAAGUCGGAGAGCCUGAAGGAUGUCUUAGAGAGGCUCCAGCCAUACUGGGAUGGCACCAUUGUGCCGGAGAUCAAACAGGGGAAGUCGGUGCUCAUCUCUGGCCAUGGGAAUAGCUGCAGGGCACUGCUGAAACACUUACAAGGUAUCUCAGAUGCUGAUAUCGUCAACGUGACGUUACCCACAGGAACGCCCAUUCUGAUUGAGCUGGAUGAAAACUUCCGGCCCACCAAACCCAUGCAGCUCCUAGGAGACCAGGAAGCAAUCCAGGCAGCCAUCAGGAAGGUGGAGGAUCAGGGGAAGGUCAAACAAACAGCCUGAUUGGCCUGAAUCUAGUCAACUGAAAACUAGUCAUUCUAGAUUCAAAAAUCUUGUCAACUGAAUUAUAUUCAUUGUAGAUACUAGUGAUUGUAGAAUCUAAUCAACUGUAUUCUAGUCAUUCUGGAGUGGAUUCUAGAAUCUAGUCAACUAAGACUAAUAUAUGAAUUUGCCCAGGCCUGGGCUAGCACUUAUUUGGUUGCCUGUUAUGCACCAUUAAUCAGAUUCACUCAAAGCUGAAUUCUUGAUUUAAUUAAAUCAAUAUUAAGUACAUGCUAUUGUAGUCAGUAAGUCUCACAGUGAAUUGACUAUACAUAAUCGUGGUAUGGACUUAACCCAGACUACCCUAUUGGGUGCAACAAGGAAACAAAAUAAUAUUGUUUGUACAGAAAUAAGUUGUGUGCUGAAGGGAGUUACAUUAACAGGCAUAUUUAUCGUUAACAAGCAUAUUUGGUAAUAGGCUGACUAAGCGUGUAUUGAGGCAUUAAAGGAAUAGCAGAAAGUGAAACCAUCAAAUGUUCCUUUAAAAAAAAAAAAACAUUUUCAAACCUCUGUCACUGCCAUUAUUCUCAAUUUCUGUAGGACUUUGCGAUGCAAUUUUGUUAGUUCUUACAAGUGAAUUAUGACUGACAGAAUCUAGCAGUAGAAUAUGAGCCAGCACUAACAUGUACAAAUUAUGUUAUUUAUCAAGAAACUUUAAAAGCACUUCAUAACAAGUAUUACCUCAUUGAGACUGACAGCCAGGCUAUUCAUUCCAAGACAGGUCGGUGAUUGUGUGAUCAAAGCUUCUUUUAGUACAGUAAUGCUGUAAAUGUGUUGUUGAAAAAGAUAGGUCAAACUUGAUAAGAACAUGUCCGCUCAUAUGCUACAUGCUAGUUUAAGAGAAGUUCAUAUGAAAUAACUGUAGUGCUCAUGCGGUUAAUCAUAAAAUACCUACGUUGACAUGCUGAUUUAUGACUUGCGGUAUAAUUUGACACAAAAGCUUCUCUUGUUUCAAUUUGUGACCCGCCACCAGGAUUCGGUCCUAUGUAGCAAAAUUUGAAAUUGUAUUUUUUACAUUGGAUGAAAGUAGAGACUCAGAGCUAGAAAAUGGUAAUUGAUACACUGCAGCUGAGGAACAAUGGAAAAUUAAUUCUGCUUUGAAUGUUGAUAAACUUGUAACCCCAUUUUUGAGAAAGUUGCUAUUAAUGUUUUGGUACACCUACUGGAGAGCUCUUCUUUGUCUACACCCAUUCAAGAUUGUUCACACCCUCUUAAGCCUCACCCAUCUCUUUAAGGAUUCAUAUGUGAGCCCAUGUGCUAAACAGAGGGAGUAGUGUAGUAAACAUCUAAAGAUUUCUAGGCUAAAAGGGGUAAAAGUGGUAGCCUACAAUAAGGGAAAAACUCUAGGUAAAAAUAUACUUUAUCUAGUCCUAUAUCCUAAUCUGACUUUGGUGCAGGUCAUGUUGUUCAACACAUUACUAGCUCUGGUAAACACACACUAUAUCAAAUCAAAUCUAUGUUUAUUUAAGGUGUAAACGGUACAGUGAAAUGGUUACUUGCGUAGUAGUAAUAUAAAAACAGAAAGAGUCCAGAUAAAAAUUUUGUAUAGUUAUUAGAUGACGCUUACCCUGACAAACCUGUCUAAAUUGAUGGGUCAUGUGUAACCACCCCACGGCCACAUCUAGCUAAGUGGAUGGGUCACUAUUGUCUAGACAUGUACACUUGUUCAUGAAAUACAAUAGAUGUCUGUAAUCAACCCGUCACACCUGGCGAACUCGAUGUAAUCAUCUGGCGAAGUUCAGUCUUUUGUUUAGACCUGCAGCUAGCUAAACAAUGAACCGGCAUAAUCCCAACUCAAUCUACAACCAAUAGAAACAUUUUCAUAGCUGUAGUAUGUAGCUGUGGUGGUAAAGCUAACCAACUAGGUUCAACGUUAGCUAGGUAACAUUAGGCUAUAACUAGCAUGGCAAAUGGAUUUCUGAUUUCAAUACAUUUUAUUUUUUAAUUGCAACAAUAGUAACAAUAUUACACAUCAAUACAGGGACAUUCCUGUGAAUACAAUAAAAACAAUGAAAUAAUAAAACACCAGGCAACCCCCCCCCCCCCAAAUAGAAUAAUUCAGGACAUUAUUAAUGUGACAAGGCAAUGAGACAUUAACAGCCAUUCAGAGACAUGACUUUUUCAGAGACAUGAAUUUUUCCAACUUUUUAAGUUUCACAAGUUUGACAGAUUUAUAAAAUUGUAACAGUUCAAUGAAAAAAAAAAAAAUACAAAAUAAGACAUUUUUCCACCCCAUUUACAUUUGUGAAUAUAAUAUUUGGCCAAGAGAAUAAUAAUGUUAAUAAAAUAGUUAUGAUCGGAAUUACAAGGACAAGCAAAAUGUAAUUUAACUUCAUCAAAGGUAAACAUAGGUAAUUCUGGAGAUUUUAUACACAACCAUUCAUGAAUUUCAAUCCAUAGUUUACUAGAAUGGCGGCAUGAAAAAAAUAAAUGCUCUAUAGAUUCUGAAUCAGAGGAACAAAAAACACAAGGCAUUUUGUCAAAAUUGAAUCUUUUGUACAAGAAAUCAUUAACAGGGAUGACUAGACAAGUAAGGUAAAAGGUAGUCGCUUUUGACCAUAGCAUGGGUUGGUCACUUCCAUAGCAAUAUAUCGAAUUAUAAUCACCAAAAAUUACUUCAUUAACAGCCAAUCGUAUCCACUUAUUGUUGCAUUUUUUUAUCCAAAAGAUUCACGUCAUUAAUUUGCAAACUUGGAAAAGAGGGAACAACCUCAUAAUAUAACAAACUGUUCUUAAUAAGUCAAAGUAAAGGAAGUGAAAUUGCUUUGCAAAUCUUCAUAUGUUCUCUCUGAGUAAUAUUAACCUGAAAUUUACCAAUGAACUCAUCAAAUGGCAAAAACUCCCCAGUGUUGUCUACCAAAUCGCAUACAAAAUGAAUACCCUUGUCAAACCAAAGGCCUUUGAAAAUGGAAUUCCUAUUAAUUUUAAUAACUCUAUUAUUCCAAAUCAAUGUUUUGUGUGUGUGUGGGGGGGGGGGGAUUGUGUUUGAAUAUCAUUUUCCAGAAAAAUAACAUUUGCUGGUGAAACUUAGACAAUUUCACAGGUACUUUUGGAGGGUCAAAAUCACAUUUCAUUAGGAAUUCAAGUCCACCAAGUUUAUUAAACAGACUGUUAGGGAUGUGAUACCACAUAGAGGUAAGAUUAGACAGACACAAUUUCAACCAUUUAAUUCUAAAAGCACCCAUUAGACUCAAAAUCAAUAGCCUGUAAACCUCCACGAUCAUAGUCUCACUAAUUGUGAUUUCUGAAUUUGUGUUUUAUUCCUCCAAACAAAUCUAAAUAUAACAGAAUUUAAAAAAAUGUAUGUUAUUAGAAGAAAGAAAAAGGGACUGAUUUGGUUUAUCUAGAAUCAUUUACCCAUCUGUCUUGGACAAAAGAAUAUGACCCAAAAUUGAGAUAUAUCACAUUGCAGCCACUGACUUUAUUAAACUCUCAUGGAAUUAAUCCUAUUAUCGAUGUUUAAAGAUUCUCGAUCUGAAACAUUUUUUGUGAUAACAAUUCCUAAAUAUUUAACUUCCUUUUUAACAGGUAUGGAGGCAAUGUUGAUAGUCACAGCAAAGAAUUGGCAUGAGAUCACAUUUGUUAAGGAUGAGAGUCAACCCAGAGGCCAUAGAACAUUUCUUGAUUCUCUCAAUAGCCAAGGGAAUAGACACUCUAUCCUUUAGGAAAAGGGCAGUAUCAUCUGCAAAUUGACUGAUAUUUAUAUCUUUACCAAAAAAACAGGUCCAUUUUAAAUUCUCAGAUUUGUUAAGAAAUAUGGCUAGUAAAUCUGUGGCUAAAAUAAAUAAGAGGGGAGAUGGGACAACCCUGUAUAAUUCCUCUAGCAAUAGAGAAACGAGGGGAUGUACCAUUACUAAUAGCCACCGAACUGCUAAUAUUAUACAGUACAUUAUCCUUAUCACUUAACAGAAAUCCUACCAAAACCCAAAAGUAGAGUUCUAAAUUAAAAGUUGUUCAGGCAUCCCUGUAGCUCAGUUGCUAUAGCAUGGUGUUUGCAACGCCAGGGUUGUGGGUUCGAUUCCCACGGGGGGCCAGCACAGAAAAAAUAAAAAUGUAUGAAAUGUAUGCAUUCACUACUGUAAGUCGCUCUGGAUAAGAGCGUCUGCUAAAUGACUAAAAUGUAAAUGUAAAAUGUCUAAAGUGUCAAAAGCCUUAAAAAAAAUAAUCUAAAACCAAUAUAAAUUCAUCAUCUUCUAUGAACACUGUAAUCUAAAAUAUCUAAAACCAAUCGUUUAUGGUUAUGGAUACUCCUUCCUUUAAUGAAGGCUGAUUGAGUUUCACUGAUUAUAUCAUUAAAGCCUUUUUUUCAGCCUAUUGGCAUAGACAUGGCUAGUAACUUAUAGUCAGUUGCCAACAAUCUGAUUGGUCUCCAAUUGUCCAGGUAAAUAGAGUCUUUAUUUGGUUUGGGUAUAAGAACCAAUACCCUCUUUGUAGACCGAAAGCAAUAACUCUCUAAUAUCAGGCCAAAAAUGUUGAUAGAAUUCAGGAGUCAUGCCAUCCGGUCCAGGAGAUUUACCUAUAGGCAUUUGUUUAAUGGCUUAGUCCAACUAAGUAAUAUCUAUAUCAGAAUCACAGAGUUUCUUAAACGUUUCUUCUAUAGGGUUAACAGAGUUAUUAACUGAAUCAAAAAAGGAAUUCAAGUCACAUUCUGAAAGAUGAGAUUGAUAUAGUGAACUGUAGAAAGAGUAUUUUCUUAUUAAUCACUUCAAGAUCAUCAGAUAUAGUGUCAUUUACAUAGAUGGAUGUAAUACUAUUCCUAGUCUGCCUACUCUUCUCCAAAUGAAAGAAUUAAGAUGUGUUUUUUUCUCACCUUUUUCCAUCCAUUUGGCCUUUCAACGGAUGAAGGCACCCUGUUCCUUUUUCAUCUUCAUUUAAAUCAAGUUUAUUGCUCAGCCUGUUAAUAUCAACUUGGAGGAUCUUUUCUGAGCUAGCAUUUUACCAGUAGUGAUGGCAAGACAUUGAAUUCUGAAUUUAAUAAUUUCCCAUUUGUUAUUAGAAGAAAGAGCAGGAUCGAGACGGGUCUCUUUGAUAAGAGCUUUAGACUGAGUCAUUUUGUUUACAUUCUUUAAAAGAAAAGAGUUACAUUUCCAGUAUGCUUUAGAAAAUCUCUUGUCAUUAUCAAAAGGAAAGAAUAAUGGAACAAUGGUCUGUCAGAGGAGCUGAGGAAAUACUACAUUCACUGACAAGAUUGAUAAGAUUGGAUGAUACCAACCAAUUAUCAAUUCUAGAUUUUAAUUGUCUGUCGCUAGUUGUAGAGUUGAACCAAGAAAAUUGUUUUAAAGUUGGAUUCUGUGAACGCCAAAUGUCGGAAAGUUGAAAGUUGGAGCAGAAAUGUAGAAUGAAGUUAUUAAAACAAUGGGCUGAAUGCCUGAUGGGAUACCUAUCCAUCCAGUAAUCAGGAGCAACAUUAUAAUCACCUCCAGCAAUAAUGUUAUCUGUAGAAUAUUUGUUUUUCAAUUAAGACUUCACUAAUAGAUGUUAGAAGAAUAUUGUUUUUUGACUGUAUGUUAUAACCAUAAAUAUUUACCAAUAUGUAACAUGACCCUUUAUAUUCGAAAACAAUAGUUAUCAAGUGACCCUCAGCAUCACACCUGCUUUCUAAAACUGUACCUGGAAACCGUCUGAAAAGUAUUCCCACACCAGCAGAAUGAGAUGAGCCAUGGCUAAAAAUGAUCUUGUCACCCCAUUGUGAAGUCCAAAAUUUGAAGUCAGCAUCUGAGGAACGUGUCUCUUAAAAUAAAAAAACAAUUGCACUUUAAUGAAUCUUUACAAAAACUAAAAAUUGCCUUGCGUUUUAAAUUGUUACGUAAACCCCUGGUGUUCAGGGAUAAAAAGCAAAGAGAAAUGUUGAAGAGAAGAGUAUCCGAGAUAGAGUUGUCUAGAAUAAACAGGGACCCUGAAUAUAAAGGUAGCAUACGCUCUUCAAAAAUGUACUUGACGAACAGUAACGACCGUAGGCGAACAGUAACGACCGUAAAAGGAAAAUAAAUGGAAAGCCCGUGUAAUAACACAUAUUAUAUUAAUAGUUUAGAUCUUCAAUUGAACUCUCAAACUUAAAAUAAAAACAUCUCUGACAGCUAAUCAAGCCAUAUGAAAGAUAAAUGGAGAUUUACUUACAUAAUAUCAAUCUUGAAAUGAAAUGAAUAAAAGCUAACUGAUAUCUUAGUAUGCCAUCAAAUGAGAAUCAAAAAUCAGUGUGCUUACGUUGGUUAAUGUUCACAUUCAAAACUCGCCACUACAGACAGUAUGGCCCUAUGCAAUAUCACCUAUAUGUGGUGUUCAGAUAAACGAUUGCAUGAAUAAACUCACCAGUUGAAACGGUAUAUGGCUUCAUUAGCCUACUACUGUAUAAGCAGGCCAACUCAUGAAGCAUAAAUCAGUCAGUCAUGUGGCUCCACCCUGCGGCCAUCAGUGACAGCAAACCCCUCGCGAAAGGAGGCUUUUUUUCUCCCUGCGUCUUGCCUCAUCGACUUGUGGCCACAGCUUCGCAUGGGCAUCCCUGUCGCGCUUGCUCAAAUCUUCUGCAAAGCAAAUGCCUUUCUCCCUGUAGAUCGGCGCAAGUUUGGCAGCUCUCCACACCUCGUCUCUCACGUUCCUCAACGCAAACAUCAUGAUGACCUGUCUGUGUCUGUUCAUCUCCUUUCUCUUAUCUCUGAGACAGUGUACAACAUUUACAGCGAUGUUCAUAGCAGGGGGAUAUGGAACAACCUUCCCAAUAAUGUCAAUCACAAUCCCUCUGAUAUUCUCACCAUCAGUGGAUGGGCUGGACGUUCAGUCUCAGCCCCCAUCGGCGCUUGUAUCGGUCCUGUUCAUCACUGGCUGUGCGCAGCUUGUUUUCUUUUGUCAGGGCAUCAACUUUAUUUUUCAACAGUUUCACAUCAGUGGUAAUAUCCUUAAUGCCUGCUGCAUUAAACUCUGUAGUUUUGUGGGGUUUCCAAGGUGUCAUUUGGACACCUGUACCGAAGACUAAUUCCUCCGACCUCGGUACCGUUACUUCUGGGAGAGUGUCAAAAUCUUCCAUAUAGUUGACAGUAUCUACCUCGGUUACGACAGUUACCUCUACAUUUUUGCUAGCUUCCAUCUCAGCUAAUGUUACUAGCUAGCUAGUCUUGGCUGAACUUGCUUGAAGUAUAACAAAGUGGAAAAGUGUUGUUCAUUAAACCAAAAAAAGACUACAAAAAUUCAGAGCAUCAAUGUUGUUGAGAAAUGUAGCAAAACGUUUGUAGUUCUCGAUUGAUAAUGUUGUCUUACACUGCGGUAGAAAGGACUAUCAAGACAUAGUGAGCAGCUCACGUUAUAGACAGAAGCAUGCUACAUGGCAGACCAAUCCAAACUCAUCUCCCGGCAUGUCCAGCCCAUCCAUUAUCUCAGACAAUGUUACCUUAAAAGUAUUCUUAACAUAGUUUAGGUUAUGUGAACACCACUGCAUUUUCAAUUGAAUACAAUGCUACUAAAGAUGUUUUAGAUUUGUACAUUAUUGGGGUACUAGUAUUCAGGGCUGGUCCUGGCCGUUCUGCCGCCCUAAGCGAAACAAAAAAUGGCCGCCACUACAAGAAUAAUCCCAGUAAGCAAAAUUAAGUUGAAAAAACGUCUAGAAUAAGUAUUUUUCCAGACGUUGAGGUUGGGUUCAAUUUAAGCUCUAAAUGAAAGUUUAAAAUAGGUAUUUUCUUGUCGUUGAAAAUAGGUAUUUUAUGGAUGUUUAAAUCAGGUACAUUUUUGGUUCUGAAUGAAAGUUGAAAAUAUAUGUCCAGACCGGAAAAAAUCGAAGAAAAAAAAAAGUCGACUUUGACAUUAUGCGGCAUUGUGUGUAGGCCAGUGACAGAAAAAUCUAAAUUCAAUACAUUUCAAAUUCAGGCUGUAACUCAACAAAAUGUGGAAAAAUUCAAGGGGUAUGAAUACUUUCUGAAGGCACAUUGUUUGUGGGGCAUUACUGUGAUGUUUUUAUUUUUUUUUAUUUUAUUUUUUUUAUUUGUUUUUACACAGGGAAGAUACAUGUAUGUUUGUGUGUCUCAUUUUGUAUUGUACGCCUGUCUGUCGGUCUAAUAUUAUUUUUUGCGCUCUGUCCAUCUGUGUCAUAAUAACCAUUAUAUUUGGUGUUGUGGUCUUCAGGUCAUUAGGGAAAUGAUGACUAAUAUUAUUACUUAAUCCCUAAAACCGUAAAUGUGUAAAUAUAUUGCUACUACAAAAUACUGUAGUCAUGUCCUGUAAUAUUUUCUGUAAUGUGUUAUCCCCCCGGUUAUACUAAAUGUUCAGUGAUGACAUUAAGUAUUAAACUUAGUUUGAAAACUUGA